AUGUUGGAUGCGGGCGUCCGGAGCUUUAUCCAUAAAAGGGCAGGCGCUAUAAGAGGUGGGCAGGCGGUGCGCAGCAGGCUCGUCGCGGCGGGGCACGGAAAGCGCCUCUCCUCCUCGGCUCCCUCGAGGCGCCGGCGGCAAAGACGGUGCAGCGAGUGGUCUCUCUCGGCGGCGCCGCCCUGGCGGUGCUGGGCGUCCUCCUCUUGUCCCCCGCCGCGUCUCUCGCUCCGGCUGUCUCUGAAAAAGGCGAGCUCCCGGCGAAGAAAGAGCCGCGCCUCCCGCGACACAGGAGGGUCCCAGGCCACGCCGGGGGCGCGGACGCGCGCGCGAGAGGGGGGGGGCUUCUGUCGCGGUGGCGUGGGUCUGCAUGAGCUCGGGCUCGCUCCUCCCCUGCAAAAUGGGCAGCAGCCCCAGCAGCAGGAGCGCUUCCCUGGCGGAGCCGGCGACAGGCUGGGAGGGCUGCUUCCUCGGGCGCUACGGCGGGGGGGGGGCGGCUCCUACUUGACCGCAGUGUCGGCCUCCGCGAACGCCAUCCGAGGGUCCCCCCUCCAGGGCGGCCAGCACCUCGCCAGCGACGGGGCCCAGCCCACCUUCGGCUUCACUGUCCACUGGACGUUCUCAGACUCCACCACCGCCUUCGUGGGCCAGUGCUUCCUGGAUGAGAAGGGCGCUGAAACCCUGGAGACGAUGUGGCUCCUGCGGGAGCAGGUGGCGACGCAGGCCCAAGGCUGGAAAGCCACCAGGGUUGGCAGCAAUGUCUUCAUACGUGUCAAGUAAAAAGGAACCCAGGAUCUGCUUUUGCCACUUGUGUAGGACCAGCUAAAAAGUGCUCCCUUUCCCCUGGCAUCCUCACUUCACUUGCAGCAGCACCUUUCCAGCAGCACCACUGUUCUGCCUUCAGUCUUUUAUGCCGGAGGGCUUUGGCCAUAUCCACCACUAUCAUGUAGCACCCUCCCUCCCCCAUUGGCCAUGGGUGAAUGUGGCCCUCAGGUCAAAAAGGGUUCACCCCCCAUCUAAUCCAAAAGAGGCUUAGAUUUGUUGAAUUCUAUGAAGGGUCUAAGAGUUUCACACUGCAAAGUCAACUGUGGCUGAUAUUGGUAGGUUUUGUUCUAUGUGCUAGUUAUGGGCAUUUUCAAAAUUCUCUGCAUAUCACCCAGACAACUGUUUCAUAGGGUGAUUUUUAAAAAAAUAAAUGAGCUUUCCCAAGAGGAA